UCAUUCAUACAUUCGAACUUGAACGGUAAAUACCUUUGCACGGUAGAAAUCUUACGCGGAAUUUGAAGCCGACUCUAUAUUAUUUUUUGGUGAAUUUAUUUCGAAAAGGUUGUAAAUAGAUUUUUGAGCCAUUUGUGUUUUGAGAGAUUUCAUUUUUAAGACGAUCAAUCGCAUUUUCCUUAUUAAACAAAAUACUGUGUUCCGUUGCGAACUUAAAAAAAUUAACGCUACUUUCAAAAGCUGAACAGGUUCAUCAACAAUAUAUAAACAACAUGCAACAUUCACCUAUUUACUGCUUAGCCAUCAUAUUCAUCGCUGUACUAGUCGCACACAGCGAAGCAAAACCAGGUGGAUGUGCACUUUAUGGCCACUCAUGCUACGGUGGUCAUGGCAAACGAUCUGAAGCACCACGCGUUGAUAUUUUGUCUUUGGAUCCCAUUCAACAGGAUAAAUCAUAUUCAAAUAUAAAUAAAGAAGUCUUCUAUCCCACAAACAAUGAAUUGAACGCAGCUAAUCAAGUAGAUUUAAACAACGAAAAUCGCUGGAAAUCAGGAAAUCAGUUCAAUUAUGCUUUAUACAAUUUGAUAAGAAGAUGGAUGGAUGAGGCAAAAAAGAACUCGGAUGAAAUGCAGCAAAUAGGAGAGUCUGACACAAUCUUCAAGAACACAUUCGUCUGAACGUAAUUCAUAAUGGUCUUGCAUCCAGUACAAUCGACAAUUAAAUCUAUUAUUUUUAUCUAAAAAUUCAAGCGGCAAAACAAAACAACAAAAGAAUGAUAAACAAAAUAUAAUAAGCAUAUUUGUUGACGAAAUUUGAGAGUGUGAUCGGUUUUUAUUUAAAUUGUCAAAUAUCAGUUGGCUGGAAUAUUUAACAUUUUUUUAAAAACCGAAUCAACGAAAUUUCGUUUCACUUUAUCGAAUGUAAGUCGAUUAAAACGUUAUAUGUUAUUCGUAAUUCCAUUAUUUCGCAAAAGUAUUUGUGCAGUUUCAAUUAAUAAAAUGAAAUUAUGUAAAUGUGA